AUGACAGCCGUUCAGCCAUCGCACGAGCAGACGUCUGCGAUGGAAGAUAUCCAUGGCGUUGACGUGUCAUGGCUGCACAACUCGACGAGAGACCACCAUCAUCGCCAGCAGGCACCGUCGUCGCCGGGCUUGUCCAGAGAUGCUCCGCCAAAGACAUCAUCCCAUGGCGGUCUGCCUACCCGACCGAACCAGACCCAUGGACAGCCUACAGCGCCUGAGCCAGCAGCAGCGCCAGCAGUACAACGACCUGCAUCGCCGCCGGCUCCCACUGCGACCACUGCGACCGCCACACCUCAGCAGAUACCCCAGAAACGACCGACGAUGCUUAACCGCGGUAGCGAUGUGAGGAACGGCGGCACCACGCCUCCAGACACCAAGUCGAGCUCGCGGCGCAACUCGUGGAUAUCCAGCAUAAGCUCCAAGUUUUCGUCGCAGAAUCCACCUGCGCAAACAACACACACCCAGGCGCAAGGGUCGCCGGCGGCUGCAAAUGGCACGCACGCAAACGCGCCGUCAGCAAACGGCGCUCUCAACGGUAUACAUGCUGCUUCUGGUGGUAGUAAUUCAGGACUCGAGCCGUAUGUGCCUCAGCAGCCCAAAGCCAACUUUCUUUCAAAUGCGCUGCGACGUCUGUCGUCUGGCACCCAAGUGGGAACUGCUGGCAGGGUCUACCCUAAUGGCGGCAUGUGCCCUAGAAAGAUCAUGAACGUCGAUCCAAAUCGAGCUCGGUGUUUGGUCCCCGAGCUGGAUCAGGCUAAGCUGCGCAAAGUUGCAUUCUGUGUUGACGUCGAAAUUGCUGGUGGACCCAAAUACAAGGACGACCAGGAUAAAGACGACAAAAAGAAGCAGCGUAAGGACAACAAGCUCAAAGAGCGCGGCGAGGGCGAGGCGCUGAAGCACCCCAGCGCUGUAGUUGAAGAGAAGGAGACUGAUGGUGUUGUCUCUGUUGCACAAGAACUCGUUGGAACGGAGCACGAGCCGAACCCAGAGGGCACUGUACUGGACGACGACAAGCAAGAAACAACCAAGAAAAAAGAGAAGAAGAAGCGAAGUGAGGCAGAGCGCAAAGAACGUAAGGAGAAGAAGCGCAGAAAGGCUGAAGAGAAUGGCUCCAUACCCAUGGAGAUUACAAGAGAGGAGGGCGAUGUAAGCGCAGACAGCACAGGCGCUGCACCGGGCAACAAUACUCCCCCAAAAGCCCAAGACCGACCCACUAUCGACCCUCUACGAAUAUACCGAAGAUGCUGCCAGCUGCGUGAAUCACCCAUCUUAAAGCGCAUUAGCGACCAACUCUCGUCUCCGUCUGCGUGCUCGAUCGCCCACCCCGGCAUGGUUACAUCUCUGGACCUCACCGGGUCCAGGCUACAGCUUGCUGAUGUAAUGACAUUGUCAGAUUGGCUUGCCAUCGUCCCAGUCAAGAAACUAUUCCUGGAAGACGCGGACUUGAACGACGAGAAGAUCAGAGUCAUCUUGGCAGGACUUCUAGCAGCGAAGAUGCCGCAUGCUUUGCGCAAUCGCAGCGUCACCUCGCAACCUGAUGGCGACGAUGAUACACACGGCUGCGCAAUUAAGAAGCUUGUUCUAAAGAACAACUCAAAGAUCACAGUCGAAGGCUGGAAGUAUAUUGCACUGUUCACAUACAUGUGCAAGUCUAUCAUCGCACUCGACGUAUCGAUGAUACCAUUCCCUAAACACCAGGCUCAGGUGUCAUCGCCAUCGCCUACAUCGCUACCUACAAAUGGAACGCCAUUGACAUCGCCCAGUAAGGAUGCAAAGACAAGAGACGUUGCCGAAAUUCUGUCAAAGGCGAUUUCUGAGCGGUUAGGUGGCGCAACACUGCAAGAAUUGCUCAUGGCAGAGUGUGGCCUGACAUCGCAAAGCAUAAGAAAGAUUAUUGACGGCUGUAUUAUCAGUGGUGUAAAGCGCCUCAGUCUGGCGGACAACGACAUCGACAGCGAAGGUUUGGAGCACGUCCAACACUAUAUCCGCUCAGGCGUCUGCGAAGGCAUCGAUCUCGGCGGUAAUGACUUGCGAGAGUGGGUGCCUCAGCUUUGCGAAAGCCUGCGCAAGGACAGCAUAAUAUGGGCAUUGUGUCUCGCCAACACUGGGCUGACACCUGAGCAUCUCAAGUCGCUUUUUCCCACCAUGGUCGAUUUGCCAUCACUCAGGUUCCUCGAUCUGUCGCGCAACAAGGGCUUAUUCGCAUCGCAGACAGCGUUGUGUCUCUUGCGGAAAUACGUUCCUCAGUUCCGGGAGCUGAAGCGCUUGCAUCUUCAGAACGUUGGUUUGAAGCCUGCAGACGCCAUUGCCAUCGCCGAAAUCUUGCCAGACUGUCCCCACAUUGCGCAUGUCAACGUACUCGAGAACCCUGAAAUUGCGCGCGUCGCCACUUCCACCGACGAGGAGACGCAAGAAGAAGCCGCUGCGAUGUUUGCAUCUCUGACACUGGCAGCUAAGCUGUCUCGAACGCUCAUUUGCGUCGACAUUGAUGUUCCCGCACCGGAAAUGAACGAGGUCGUUAAAGCUCUUGCCAAACAAGUCGUGGCGUACUGUCUUCGCAACAUCGAAUUCAUCAACGAAGUACCCGAGCUGCAGGCCGCACCAAAAGAAGUCGAGUUGCCAGGUGUGCUUGCUCACCUUGUGGGUCCAACCGACGACAACCUAGCAGACGGUACCAUAGACACUGCGCCAGACAAUGACUAUAUUGUCGGUGGUACAGGUAUCGUCAAAGCACUAAGCUAUUGCUUGUCGCACAAGGAUGCGGACCUGCGUAAGGGGUCACAGGUUGCCAGUGGCUCUGUCACUCCACGCAGCCGCAUCGAUGUUGCCGAGGAGCCUAGCAAGGCAAGAGCUAUGUCGAAGAAUUUGCUGGACACGGCGCGUAACACCAGGGCGAGGAUACAGCCUGCGCUGAUUCGAGAAGCAAAGGGUGGCAAUGACAUGAACUAUCGCCGCCUCCUCUUCCUUGACCAGACUUUGCAAGGUAUGAUUCAACGCUUCGAAGACGAAUAUCCCGAAACGCGCCUUGUCACCUCUCCAACCGAUACCGCCUCUUUCCACUCGCGCGCCAGCUCCGUUUUGAGCAGCUCACCACCGCUGUCCAGCGUUCCCACAAUGACGGACUCAUUCACGGACCCUACCGCCCAAGAAUCCGACGAAGACGAACCGCGCCUCCUCCGAUCACGCCACAACUCCGAUGUCUCCCUCGCCUCACGCAGCAUGGCCAUCGAAGAAGGUGCGCUCCACCGCUUUGGACACCGCGUGCGUACCGGCCUGCUCAACCCCAGCCGCCCAACAUCAUCCCACAGCGAUCAAGCUUUCAUCUCAGGAACCAUGGAUGACCAUGGUCUGCCCGAACACUUACGCGCUUUACGCGAGUACUUCAUGAAUCUCUCUGGCGACGAGCUGAGGAACAAAAUCCAAGGCCUCGGGUGGGAGAAAGCGUUUGACAGUGUCGUUGAAAACGCGCAGGAGUUGAAGAACUUAGAAAGUGAGGAUCCGGUCACAUUCAAGCGAUUCAGGGAGAGUCAAAUCGCGAGCUUGAAGAAUCGGAAUCCAGACCUGCAGGUGGCAGACAUUAUUGAACAUGGGAGGUCGGGCGAGGGCCAUGGGCCGAUGGAAUUCACGCAUGUGGACUCCACAGGGAGAAGGAGUGGUGAGAGAAGUGAUGACUUUGCUGUAGAGUAA